GAUGGCAACACUGAAAGAUAACGAUAAUCGAUGGACAUAACCCUAAAUUUGCCUGCUUUAAAAUCCCUCACAUAUAGAUAACGUUUUGGAAGUAAUUAAGCAAAAUUCAUAAUGGACAGCAUUGGUGAAGCUUGCAACGACCUGAAAAAGGACUACGAUGCUUGUUUCAAUACUUGGUUUUCAGAACAUUUCCUAAAAGGACACACAAACGAUUCCAUGUGUGCCCCCCUCUUUAAAGUUUACCAAGAAUGUGUUAAAAGAGCAAUGAAGGACCAAAAAAUUGAUUUUCAUGAAGUCGAAAAAAAUUUAUUAGGAACUGAACAAGAAAGAAAACCACCACAAAAAAAUAGCUGACGUUGGUCAUCUUCAGUUUGCUCAUGGAUGUGUUCAAACUUAGUCUCAAAUCAAGCCAUUCUGAGUAGCGAAAACCACCACCAAGUGCAAGAAAUGUCGCAUGAACCACAAUUUGAUGUGUAAUAAUGUAACUGUUAUCAUAAAAAAAUAUACUUCUAAAAUAAAAAUUCUCUUGCACUUGUCGUAGGGGAAAUCAAAAUGUCUGAUAAAAUUGCAUUUAUUUUCGCUUAACACUACCAUUUUUAUCUUAGAAAGGAAAUAAAACUUAAUUAUUUUGUAGUAUUGUAGUCCUACAAUAUAAAAAAAUGACAA